UCAGUCUGAGUGGAUGUAAGUCUAUCUCUCCCACGGUGACACACAUAUCAGUGUAUCACACCACCACUAUUUACACUGGGAAUGUAGACUGGCACUACUUAAGGACAGCUUGCCUGCAGAAAACUUCACAUUGUCGAGGUGCAUGACACGCAGAUCUUUGGCGUCACUUCGUCACAUCUCCAGCAACAACAUGGCUCGCUUCUCCGUCGUCCUUUACAUCACAAUGGUGUUGGUGAUUGUACAGUCAUCAUCUGCCGAGGAGACAUGUCAAAGCCUUGGAGGCACGUGCAAAGGCUCCCUCUGGUCCAACGUCAAGUGUGAUGGACAGGGAAGGUAUCCUAUGGCCGGAUGUGGCGCGUCCAUUGUGUGCUGUCUUCCUCCGAAACAAGCGACGGUGAAAACGUGUGCUGCCUCCUGCGGUAACUGUUUGACCACAAAGACCACGCCCUUCUGUGCUGGCUACAAGGUGCCCGCCAGCGACUGCAACGGACCGAGCGAGUUCUGCUGUGUUCGAGCGUGGAUUGGUCCAUGUCCUUCCUCGCCAUGAAGCAGACCGUGGUCAAUCGAGCCAACACUGUACAAGUAAAUAAAACGUUGCAUUC